AUGGCGUCGGCGCUCCUUCUCACUCAUGAGCGGCAUAGCAACGUUUACUCCGCAGGGUUGGCCGACAUGAUGAAGCGAGGAGCGAAUAUGGCGAAGGCGAGUACGGAGGCGCCGCAGGAGGUGCGGGUGCUGAAGCGGAAGUCGAUGAGCUUGAACCAGGAGUACGCGCAGGGGGCGAGUGGCGUGGUGACGGUGGACGUGGCGAAGCUGUCGCGCGAGCAGAGGAGCGAAUUGAGGAAGAAGCUGAAGCGGGGGCUGGAGGAGGUGCGGUUGGUAGUGUCGCGGAUCGACACGUGGUUGGAGGUGCUUUCGAGGGGGAAGGGGAAGCCGCUGUCGCAGUCGCAGUCGCAGUUGCAGGGGGUGGCUUCGGAGGGGAAGCAGCAGCAGCAGCAGCAGCAGCAGCAGCACCAGCAGCAGUGUCGAAGCAGCGAGGCGAAGUUGGGUCGAGCGGACGUGAACGGGCUAGGGCAGGGUCCGGGGCAUGGACAGGGGCAGGGGCGGAAGGAGGUGGCGUCGGUGAUCUCUGAUCCGGCGUCGUCGUCGGGCGAGACGCCGCGGGACAUGCCGAAGGAGAUGUCGGAGAGGGAGGCCCGGUUGGCGCGGCAGCCGAGCGUAUUGAUACCGGAGGUGGCUUUGGGGACGCCGAGCGAGAAGAUGAAGCGGACGCCGAAGGCGAAUCAGUUGUACGUGAACUCGGAGUUCGUGUCGGGGAAGGACAAGAUGCCGGCUCCGGAGAAGGCGAAGGCGAAGCGGACGGCGUCGGGGAAGUGGGAGACGAAGGACCCGCGGAGGCAGAAGGUGGAGGCGGCACGGGGGAAGAGGGUGGCGGACAUGCUGAAGCAGUGCACGACGCUGCUGCGGAAGCUGAUGACGCACAAGCACGGGUGGGUAUUCAACGAGCCGGCGGCGAGAGGUGGCGGGGGCGAAGUGCGGAGAGGAGGACGAGCAGGCGGGGAAGGCGGUGAGAAGGAUGUAGAUAUCGACGAUGAUGUGGGGCCAGCGAAGUUCGCGCCGGUAGUGAUCGACAAGGGGAGAGAGUCGAGCAGCUCUGGGAGUGACAGCAGCGACUCGGGAAGCUCGGACAGUGAUUCGGAUUCGGGAAGCUCAUCGGGGAGUGAAUCUGAUGCCGAGGAUGGGCAAACGGGCGGUGCCGGACCCAAAGCAUCACAUGAUAAGUCGAUUGCGGAUUUUCCACCGCAAGCGAUGCAGGACCCGGUGGGUAGAGAGCCCGCAAGCGAGCAGAAAGACAGCCGUUGUGCAGAGGCGGAGGCGACCAAAAAGGAUGUGUUAGUGGUACACGGGGAGACGGUGUCUGAGAGGGCGGUGGUUCCGGAGAAGAGUCCUCCGGCGAGACAAGUUUCACCGGAGAAACAGUUGCGGGCUGCGCUGCUGAAGGGGCGUUUUGCGGACCUGAUAGUGAAGUCGCAGGGGAAGGCGUUACCGGACAGCAAGAACGACAAAGUAGACCCGGAGAAGUUGAAGAGAGACCGGGAGGAGAUGGAGAGAAGGCAGAGGGAAGAGAAAGCAAGGUUACAUGCCGAAGCGAAGGCGGCCGAGAUCACGAAACGGAAGGCAGAAGCAGAGGCGGCUUUGCUGGAGAAGCAGAAGCGGGAGGUGGAACGAGAGGAGGCCCGACGCGAGCUGCAGCAGAUGGAGAGGACGGUGGAGAUCGACGAGAACAGCGGGAUUCUGAAGGACCUGGAGAGACUUCGGUCGGGUCCGCUGGAGGCGAUGCUGGGGUCGGUGCACGAUGCGGGGAACGGGGAGGAGGGGUCGCCGGAUGGGUCGUCGACGAUAGCGCUGCAGGGUGGGAGUAAUCCACUGGAGCAGCUUGGGCUGUUCAUGAGGAACGACGAUGAGGAGGAAGAUGAGGAUGCGGACGUGGACGGGGAGGACGAGAUGGAGGUGGAGUGCGGGGAAGCGAGGGAGGAGGGAGGGGAAGAGGACGAAGUGGUGGAUGUGGAGGACGGGGAGAUCGACGUGGACUAGGCCGCGGCGGGGGGUUGUAAAAUGUGUUGGUAUGGGCACAGGAGGUUUUGGAAGGGGUAUGCGUUGGGCAGGGGGAUGAUUUUGGUGGUUCCCCCUCCACUGCGGGUUCUCUCGUAGCAGGGAGAGAGGUAGAUUAAGGGGCUGGACGAGCUCGGCACCGGAGGGAGGUGCGGAGGGUUGCGGCCAUUGUACAAUGGUAGGCUGUGAAGAGAGGCGAGGGUAGGGUAGGGUAGGGUAGGGUAGGAAGCAUUGGUGGAGAGGGUAGGAAGUAGGGAUCCUUGGUCUUCGAAAGGAAGGAAAUGGGAGAAAUUUUAUAAAAAGAAAGAAUGAAAGGAAGAAAGAAAGAAUGGAAGGAAGGAGGGAGUUCGAAGCGACUCGAUUGGAAGCAGAAAAGCUAAUGUUAUAUGUGGUUGAGGUGAAUGUGUUGUGGGGUUGCGGACA